CAGCAUUAGUGCUGGUUGGAGGGAGAGGGGGGUGUGGAGCCAGCCAGGCCGCCUGUUCCCACAGCCGCUGAGCAGGGCGCUGCCAUGGCGCUGGCCAGGCCUGGGACCCAGGACCCGGGGCCCCCGGCCCCUCUCCUGCUGCUGCUAGUGCCGCUCUGGGCCCCUGCCCUCGCCCACCCUGCCGGAACGGUACCUUCGGAGACCCCGGGUGCCUGUGCCUCAGACCCAUGCGCUCCAGGGACCGAGUGCCAGGCUAUGGAGCACGGUGGCUACACCUGUGGGCCCUUGGAGCCUGGGGGCUGUGCCAAUCAGCCCUGCCACCACGGCGCUCUGUGUGUGCCCCAGGGUCCAGAUCCCAACGGCUUCCGCUGCUACUGUGUGCCCGGAUUCCAGGGCCCACGGUGUGAGCUGGACAUCGAUGAGUGUGCGUCCCGGCCCUGCCUCCAUGGGGCCACCUGCCACAACCUAGCCGAUCGCUACGAGUGCCACUGUCCCCUUGGCUAUGCAGGCGUGACCUGCGAGGCGGAGGUGGACGAGUGUGCCUCGGCGCCCUGCCAGCACGGAGGCUCGUGCCUGGACGGCGUGGGCUCCUACCGCUGCGAGUGCGCGCCGGGCUACGGGGGCGCCCACUGCCAGCUGGACCUGGACGAGUGCCACAGCCAGCCGUGCGCGCACGGGGGCGUGUGCCACGACCUGCUCAACGGGUUCCGGUGCGACUGCGCGGAUACGGGCUAUGAGGGCGCGCGUUGCGAGCAGGAUGUGCUGGAGUGCGCGUCAGCGCCUUGCGCGCACAAUGCGUCCUGCCUCGAGGGCCUCGGGAGCUUCCGCUGCCUCUGCUGGCCAGGCUACAGCGGCGAGCGGUGCGAGGUGGAUGAGGACGAGUGUGCAGCGGGCCCCUGCCAGCACGGGGCCCAGUGCCUGCAGCGCUCCGACCCCACCCUCUACGGGGGCAUUCAGGCCGCCUUCCCAGGUGCCUUCAGCUUCCGCCAUGCUGCUGGCUUCCUGUGCCGCUGCCCUCCGGGCUUUGAGGGGAACGACUGCGGCGUGGACGUGGACGAGUGUGCCUCACGGCCAUGCUUCAGUGGAGGCCUCUGCCAGGACCUGCCCAAUGGCUUCCAGUGCCACUGUCCGGAGGGCUAUGCAGGCCUGACAUGUCAGGAAGAAGUGGACGAAUGCCUGUCGGAGCCCUGCCUCCAUGGUGGGACCUGUGAAGACACGGUGGGGGGCUACAUCUGCUGGUGCCCAGAGGCCUGGGGUGGGCAUGACUGCUCUGUGCAGCUCACUGGCUGUCAGGGCCACACUUGCCCACUGGCUGCCACCUGCAUCCCUACCUUCGAGUCAGGGGUCCACAGUUACGUCUGCCGCUGCCCACCUGGUACCCAUGGACCUUUUUGUGGCCAGAAUACCACCUUCUCUAUGGUGGCUGGGAACCCUGUGCAGGCUUCGGUGCCAGCUGGUGGCCCCCUGGGUCUGGCACUGAGGUUUCGUACCACGAUACCUGCUGGUGUCUUGGCCACUCGCUCUGACAGUCGGGACAGCUUGGAGCUGGCACUGGUGGGGGCCACGCUUCAGGCCACACUCUGGAGCCACGGCAAUAAUGUGCUCGUCCUGAGGCUGCUGGACCUGCCGCUAAAUGAUGGCCACUGGCACCGAGUGGAGGCGAUGCUCCGCCUUGGGGUCCUGGAGCUGCGGCUCUGGCACGAGGGCUGCCCUGCCCACCUCUGUGUGGCCUCCAGUCCUGUGGCCCUGCCUACGGCAUUCCCGGGCCUGACGCCUGCUGGGUUCUGCUCCAGCCAGCUGGGUGGUGCGGCCUUUGCAGGCUGCCUCCAGGACGUGCACGUGGAUGGACACCUUCUGCUGCCUGAGGAUCUCGGCGAGAACGUCCUCCUGGGCUGCGGGCGCCAGGAGCAGUGUCAGCCUCUGCCCUGUGCCCACGGAGGAGUAUGCGUGGACUUGUGGACGCACUUCCACUGUGACUGCCCCCGGCCCUAUAGUGGUCCCACAUGUGCUGAUGAGGUUCCUGCUGCCACAUUUGGCUUGGGGGGCACCCUGAGCUCAGCCUCCUUCUUGCUUGACGAGCCGCCAGGCCCCAACCUCACCGUGUCCUUCCUCCUCCGCACUCGGGAACCUGCCGGCCUUCUGCUCCAACUUGCCAACGACUCAGCAGCUGGCCUGACAGUGUUCCUGAGCGAGGGCCAGAUCCGGGCUGAGGUGCCGGAUGGUCUUGCUCUGGUGCUCCCUGGACGCUGGGAUGACGGCCUCCGCCACCUGGUGACGCUCAGCUUCAGGACUGACCAGCUGCAGGGCUUGGGGCAGCAGGUGCUAGUGGGUGGGAGGCUCCUCCCAGCCAAUGCCCAGCCGUGGGGUGGGCCCUUCCGAGGCUGCAUCCAGGACCUGAGACUCAACGGCCUCCACCUCCCCUUCUUUCGGCCGCUGCUGGGGAACUCAAGCCAGCCCAGUGGGCUGGGCAGCAGGCAGUCCUGGAACCUCACCAUGGGCUGUGUCUCCGAGGACAUGUGCAGUCCUGAUCCUUGUCUCAAUGGUGGGACUUGCCUUGUCACCUGGAAUGACUUCCACUGCACCUGCCCUGCCAACUUCACAGGGCCUACGUGUGCCCAGCAGCUGUGGUGUCCUGGCCAGCCCUGUCUCCCACCUGCCACCUGUGAGGAGGUCCCUGAUGGCUUUGUCUGUGUGGCCGAGGCCACGUUCCGCGAGGGUCCCCCAGCCGAAUUCAGCGGGCACAACGCCUCCGGUGGCUUCGAGGACUCGCGCUGCAGGUUGCCUGUCCCACCAGAGGAAUGCAGCCUUAAUAUCACCUGCCUCAGUGGUGGCCCAUGCGAGGGUGGGCCCCAGGGUGCCAACUGCAGCUGCCAGGAGAGCUUUGCUGGCCGGAGGUGUCAGAUCCCCUGUGAAGCCAACCCUUGCUUGAAUGGGGGCACCUGCCGGGCAGCUGGUGGGGUAUAUGAAUGUGUCUGCAGUGCGAGGUUCUCAGGCCAGUUCUGCGAAGUGGUGAAGGGGCUGCCACUGCCACUGCCGUUCCCGCUGCUGGAGGUGGCAGUGCCUGCUGCCUGUGCCUGCCUCCUCCUCCUCCUCUUGGGCCUCCUCUCAGGGAUCCUGGCAGCCAGAAAGCGCCGCCAGUCAGAGGGCACCUACAGCCCGAGCCAGCAGGAGGUGGCCGGAGCCCGGCUGGAGAUGGACAGUGUCCUCAAGGUGCCACCUGAGGAGAGACUCAUCUAGGCCCACCUGUCUGUGGCUCCAGCACCCGUGAGGUCCUCAGUUCUACCUGGAGACCCAAGGAAGCUGCUUCCAGGGGCCUGCAGAGAGAUGGCUUGCCUCUUCCGGGCCCUGGGGAGCUGCUGCAGGGCCCAGGAGACCUGCUGGGGAAGUGUCCCCUUUGCUGGGAGCCCCUGCCUCUGCCCCAUCAUGGACUGAGGGGAAGGGGCGCACUCAGGGAAGUAGAGAGGGGCCUGGCGAGGUUGUGGACAUUCUCCAUCUCCCGGGUCUGGCCUCGGCAGGCACAUGGCUCUACAGGGAGGGGCACCCAUGGGUACACACAACGUGGUCAGCCGUGCGCGCGCGCACACAUACCUGGGACUGUCAAUCUGCAGAUACCAGUGUGAGUGUUACAGACGGUGCUCGUGGGCAUGUCCACGUCUUUGUUGUGUGUGCAUGUGACAGUGUAGUGGGUGCAGGUGGCCCUACAGAGGGGCAGCUGGGCUGUGGGGACAACUGUCCCAGCCUUGGGGCAGGGGCAGCCAAGAGCCCUGUGUUCUCCCAGAGGCCGGGCCACAGCUUGCCUGAGGACCAAAGCCCCAGCUCCCACAAUCUCUCCCACCUCCAGAGGCUGCCCCUAUCCUGAGGCAGCUGAAAUGGGGGCGGGGGCAGGGGUAGGAGAGGGAAGGGGCAUUAGCCAGAGGCUGCAUGGGCUCCUGGCUCCCAGAGCAAAUGCUCUUGCAGGCAGAUCUAUGUCCACUCUGUGCUGGAACCAGGCACGCGCAGGGACACAGACUGACAGGAGCCAUGGGGGUGUCUGGGCCCGUGCGGCCUUCCUCCUCUGGACCUGCCUGUAUAGAUGGGGAAAGAGCCCCCACCUACCUCACAGGGCUGGCGUGAGGAUCUGUGGGGAGGACAACGGGGAAGGACUCUGGAAGUCGUUAAAGUCAUUCUGCUGUGAGGGGCUGCCGGGUCAUCCUGCUAGGUGUUGGGAAGGGAGAGGGGUGCUUGAGGGAAGGGGCCUCCCCGAGGGGCACCACGAGGCCGAAAGUGAUGAGGAUGGAGGAGCAGCCCUGCCAGCCCACCUGUGGUUCUCCAGCUCCUCCAGUGGCGCAAGCGCUCUCCUCUCCAGGCUGCCUGGUGAGGCCACUCCUUCCCCAGCAGACCAGUCACCUCCCUAAGGUGACCUUUGGGAGGAUUCAAGGAGAGGACUGGCAGGAAGCCCUCAGGGUUGUUUGCUGAGGCAGGUGCACCGCCUGUGUCGGGGCUGGUCCUGCGGACAGAAGGGGAAGAACUGGCCGCUUCACUCCCAGCCCCUUCCCUGGUGAUGCCGUCACACUGCUGGGAUCUCUGAUCCCUGAAGGGCACCCGUCUGAGGGCCUGGCCUCUGAGCGGCACAGAGACCUUUUGUCCCUGACUUGGAGAUGUGUCCUUUGGUCUUUCCCAUUUCCCAGGCCAGUGCCCCCUAUGCCAAGGCCAGGAGACCCUUUUCCACUUCUAGAUUGGAGGCUGACUUUACCUAGCUCCCCCUGGGGUCUCAGUCAGCUUCCAGGGGUGCAGGAGGCAAAUGUGAGGUGGAGCCACGUGGUGAUGGAGGGCCAGGGAAGGGGUAGGGGGCUGAAACGGGGGGGGGGGUCAGCUGAGGCUGGGAUGGGAAGAGCCCUGAACCCUAGGUUAAGGGGCUUGCCUGGUCCUUAUCCUGUAGGAGGUGGGACCACCUUCCCCCAACUUUCUCCAUGACAGCUGGGAAAGGGGGAGGAAUCAUCUGGUAUCAACGGCUUAGCCACAGUCAGUGCCUUGGUUAGUCAGGGAUUUUCGCAAACCUGUGUUUUUGCAGGUACCUAAGAAAAGACAUUAUGUGGAACCCCAAUGUAUAAAAGCUGGGCUGUUCUUUUUUGAGGAGCCCUAAGCUGUCUUCUCCUCUUGUUCCUAAGGAUUCUGGGUACCUGUCAUUUUCAAGCGCAGCCCAGGGAGGGGGACGUGGCCAACUAAUAGGCAGAUGCGGGGGUUGGGUGCUUACUCUGGGUUCUUGGUCCAGGUCUCCCUCCCCAACGCAGCCAACAGACGGCAGAUUCCGAGGCUCUGCCCUUGCUAUUGAAAGGUCUGUGCGGGCGAAGUUUCAGGUGUCUCCUUUAACUUCUUUCCUGGCGUCUGAGAGCCUUCAGCAUCACUGGUGACCUGCAGCCCUGCUCCAUGGACCUGGCAGGCCUGUGCAUGCCUGUGACCAGCCUACCUCCAGCCCUGCUUGUGAGGGGAAGGGGCUGAGCUGGGCUCACAGUUCCGAA